CUGUUAUUAUUCCUGUGCAGCACUUCAGAUAAGAGACUCUGCAAAAUGCAAAACACAUAAAAAUGCUAAAGCUUUCCACUCAUUUUAUGUGAUUUUAUAUCUACUUUAAGGCAGGAGUAGAGACAUUAAAAGCUAGAAAUGUAUGAAUUUACCAACAGACACAGGAGAGGAAAGAACUGGUGUCACUAUGAGGAAGUGAUCAGGAAGUUGAUGCUGUAUUCAUCUCUGAGACUGUCUCAUUUGUGAACGUGAGAGCAAGAACAGAGACUGAGAGACAGAGAAGCACAAUGGCUGCAUUCACAUGGAUUCAAAUGUCUUCUUUACUGAUACUGAUGCUUCAGUUUGAAGGAACAGCUGAGCAAUAUUCACCUGUUUACGCUGUCAGAGCUGAACAUGACGUUACUCUGCCUUGUAAAAAUUUGAUACAUGAUCAGCAUGAAUGUAAAAGUACUACCUGGCUGUUCAGUGAUUCAGGAAGCACAACAACACUCUUUGAAAAUGGGCAGAUUCACAAAGAUACCCAGACUAAAUCAGACAGACUGAAUGUUAAAAAGAAAAACUGUUCUCUGGUUAUAAAGAAGGUCUCAGUUGAGGAUGUUGGUCGUUACACCUGCAGACAGUUCGACAAAUCAGGACAACAACAAGGUCCAGACAUUCAGGCUGAUCUGACUGUUAUCAGCAUCACUAAACAUAAGAACCAUGGCAACGUCAUGUUGACCUGCUCUGUAUUUGCCUAUGGACACUGUGGGCACAAAGUGGAGUGGCUGUAUGAGGAUAAAAAGAAAAUAUCAGACAUGAAGAUCUCGGCAGGUCACUGCACUUCUACUGUGACAUUUACAAGAUCUGACCUGUCCAAGUUUUCUAAGCUGUUAAAGUGUCAUGUAACAGAUACUUCCACCAAAAAUGUGACAAUCUUUCCCUUCAAACCUCAAAAGUCUUCAGAUAAAGAUGCAAAUAAGACAAAAUCCACAAUGGCAUCAACUUCCACCACAACAGCAAAUUUAAUGUCAACACUGAAAACAUCAUUGUCAUCAACAAUAUCAUCAACAUCGUCAACAGCAGCAUCAUCAACAAUAGUAUCAUCCACAAUAACAUCCACAAUGUUAUCAACAUUGUCAACAGCAGCAUCAUCAACAAUAGUAUCAUCAACACUGUCAUCAAUAUUGUCAUCAGUAUUGUCAACAACAGGAUCAUCAACAUCAAUGGAAGUAAAGACAUCAGCAGUGACACCGGUGUAUCAGAAAGCAUCAGGAAAUCAGUUAUGGCUUAUUAUUGUUCCUGUGGGAUUAGCAGGACUCUUAAUAACUGCUGUGGUAGUCACCAGAUGGAAGAAAAAUGCAGAAAACCAGAAACUUCUGUCUGACAGCACUGAUGAAGCUGAGAAUGAUGUUUCAUACGUCACCAUCAGCUUCACCAAGAAAGCCCAAAACAAAGCCCAGGCACGUUGUGGUGAUGAUGAAGGUGACACUGUGACCUACAGCACUGUGAAAGCUUCCUCUUCAUCUGCUGGCGGUUUUACAGAUUCAAGCAACCUUUAUUCCACCAUUAAUAAACUAAAGAAAGAGAAUAAAUAGCAUGUUGCACAUGAAAGUUUACAUAUUUUUGUUUUUUGUUGUGCUUUUUUCAUUUUGGUGGUGUUCAGUUCACUUAGAUACUUAAAGUGAGGACAGAGCUAUUGUAAGGAAGUUAAAAAUAUUAAAACAAUGCUUUGUAAUUUGAUGAGAUUUGGGGUCUGUCUGAAGAUAAAUGCCUCAAGUCUUAUUAUUUGUUCUGUGAAUAAAAAUAGAGUGAGCUUUGGAGGAAAUGAAACAAAAAAAACAGCUGCAAAUGUCACAGUAUCAGAUCUAUGAGGCAUGAAGACCCUGAAAGAGUGGUGACUCCCUCUAGAGGUGCAGAGUGUGAAAAUGAGGAAGGAAGAUAUAUUGUAGAUUUUAUUCUUUACACAGUGUUCUUAUAUUCUUAGUAUAUAGACAUCAUUUACAAGGUGUAUAUGGACAUCUUUUACAGCUUAUCCUUGUCCUGAAUGUUAUUAUUUAUUUAUUUAUUUUCUGCACAUGCUUAGUUACUCCGUUUUCCAAGAUUUUGGACAAACGACAUCCAUCUAACUUUGGAUGGAGCUCCUCUCAUUUCUAGAAAUUGUUGCAUUCUUACAUGCUUCUCUGCAGCUUGUGUCCUCCUGUAAUACCUUCAAACCCCAUCCCCAUUCAGACUGUCUGCUCUCAGGCCACCAAUAAAUAAAUAAAUAAAAACAUCACCAAACUAUUUAAGCAAAAAAAAAUCACAAAGGGAAAACAAUACAGUGUCUUCAACUGCACCAUAGAGUAAAAUGAUUAAAUAAAGUAAAGUAAGUAAGUAAGCAAGUAAGUAAGUAAAAUGUUAUUUAUAUAGCACCUUUCAAGUUAAAAAUCACAAAGUGCUUCACAGAAGCUAAAACAUAAAAAUAAAAAUCAACCAAAAGCAAGUUUAAAAAGAUGAGUUUUCACCUGUUUUUUUAAAAGCGACCACUGAGUCCACAGAUCUCAGGCUCAAAGGGAGAGAGUUCCACAGUCUAGGGGCCACAGUUACAAAAGCUCUGUCACCUUUUGUUUUCAGCCUCGUGUGUUGGACAACCAGCAAGCACUGAUCACAUGACCUCAGGGACCUGCUGGGAAUGUAUGUGAUAGGUUUGUAGCUUGAACCUAUUCGCUGGAACGUUGGAGGCAAUGUAAUAACACAGCAAGCAAGACACGAGUAGGCAACAUU